AAUUUUCCGAUAUCAAUAAAAUGUUUGCUUUCUAAAUUUCUCUUGUUCUUCUGUUUGAAAGGCAUGGAAAGUCUUAUCCUAAGUUAGUAUAGGGUUAGGAAAUAUUGAGCAAGUUAAGCUUGCGACAAGUACAAUAGUUUUCUGAAGCUUUGACAGUAUGUCUGUAGUAGUGUGAAAGUUUUUCUGAAUUGAGUAGCUUGGCUAAGAAGCCAGCCCAUUUUGUAGGAAAAACAUUCAUAUCUAUGAUCUUUCAAACUGUCUGAAUAACUUGACAAGCCAUCCUUCGGGUUGUUGAAGUCAGGUUUUUGGCAAGCCGUCCUUCGGGAUGUUGAAGCCCAGUCCUACUAUGUAAGAAAACUAUUGUGCUUGCAGUCUGGCCGUCUUGCUUGCUGUUUCCCCGCCCUCUACACACACUCAUAGUAUCAGAGCCAGUCUAUCUCUUUCGGAGAGAGGAGCAGUUUAGUAAAAAUAUGUCUGAGUCAUUACCAUCUGCGUCCAACCCUUGUAAGUCCUUAUAAAAAAUAAAUAUGUCUCCUACUCUGUAUAAAUCCCUUUCUUGCAAAUAUGACUACCUUUAUGAAGUUGAUAUCCUACCUGAUGAAAACAAAGUGUCUCCCACCGACCUACCCCUCAUAAACUUAUAUUCUGCUUUUGUAAAAAGUCAUGUUUCCUGUGGUCACAAAUUCGUUCCCUGGUCCAACCAAAGCCCAAAGGAGCUAAACAAUAUGUUGGUGCCUCAAAACAUGACCAGCACCCUAUUCUAGCAACUCAAGAGGAACAAUUCAUCACUCUGCAGAUUCCAGAUGAUUUUCCUAGACAGUGGAAAGAUCAUGGUUUCACCCAUAUCCAUUUUGGUGCUGUUAGAAUUGAAUUAACAUAUCAUGGAAGAAAAAGCUAACCAGUUGUGGCUCAACUUGCCCUUCUUGAUACCAGAUAUAAUGAAUACCAACAUGCGAAUUUGGGUAUCACAAAAGUCACUCUAAAUGCUGGGACAGUUUUUGUCAUUAUAUUCCUAAAUUUUAACAUGUCCCUGUAUAAUCCAUAUUUAAUGGAAGCUUUAAAAAUCCAAGUCUAAAUUCAAGGUUCUCCACAAGCUAAAUAUGCUAUUCAAGCUACUUUACACUAUCAAAUAACCUGGCGAGUUCAGAAUCAUGCUAUGGAUCUCUCUCUUCCAGGUGGACAAAAUGCUUUGCUCUUAAAAGUAGAUGCCACCAACGGAACUACCAUGUGCACCCAUAUCCCAAAAAAAAUCUUUAGGGAAGAACUUAUCAAAGUCUUUCCAUAUACAUGGGUCACGAAUUGUGAAAAGCUGAGAGAACCUAUUAAACCUCUCCAAUCCUCUAAACCCUCUUUUUCCAAAAAAAAAACCCGAUAAAACAGUUGCCAUAAGAUUUGACCACUCUCACCUUAAAAAACUGUUAUAUCCCGCAUUUUUCGCAUUCGGAUAAUUUAAGGUAAUUGCGGGAGAUUAAGAGCAAGAUUUUAAUUUUUGAUCUUGUUUGGUGUACAAGUUGGUUAUAAAAAAAAAUUGAAGUGGAAAUAUGGAGAAAGGCGAAGGGAAAAUUUGGAAGUUGGAAAAAUGCUUCAUGAAUUACAUAAACUAGCUAAAUAUAAGUGGGCUUGAAAGUAAAAUUUUGGAAAAUUUCUAGGCCCAACCGGCCACCUCUUGGACCAAGCCCAUGUGGGGCAAAAUCCAUGAAUUAAAAAAGGAUGGCAACUUCAUAAUUAUCACAUUAAGCUCUAGAAUUUUCAAGAAGCCAAGAACAAUAGAAAGGAAGAGCAAAAACCCUAGGCCAUUCGGCCAUAGAGGAAAUUACCAAGAAAAAUUCCAAAAAUUCCCUCAAAAAUUAUUUUCUACCAAGUAGAGGGUGCACAACAAGGUGGAGUUGUUGUUGGAACAAGAAAGGUUCAAAAUCAUACAAGUUGCCAAGAGUUAGGCAAGUGAGAAGUUGAAGAAGAAAGAUUCCGACGAGAUUGUGGCUCGAAUUUGGAGUAGCUAAAGGAGCGGAAAGAGGUCAGCAGGUAUACGGACCAGAUUCCUAGCGCCCUAUCAGCAGCAUUCGAUAGCGCUCCAGUUGUUCCGGAGCCUUAUAUCAUCGGUACUAUUUUGUGUAUGUAUUUUCGGGCGCGACAGUACUCGGCCCUUUCUCUGUAUAAAUGUACUAUGUCUAGAGGCUCGUAGACAGAUAUACACAGUCAGUUAUGUACAGUUUAAUGUAUUUUAUUCCGAAUGGUUCGCGUUCUGGUGUAACGCGAUAUUAGAAAGUUUACUGCAAAUGUUAAUGUUUAAAAAAUAAAAAUAAAAAUAAAAAAAAAUAUAUGGCACUAUUUAUACAGGAUAGCUAAGGGGUUCUCGGUACAAGUAUCGGGUACUCGUCACGGCCCCUAGUCGGGUCGUGACAAAAACCCAACAAAACAACCUUCUCUUUCCAGAUGUACCAACCCACUUAUAACCAAGCACACCAAGAUGACCCAGAAACAUUCUCUUACCAUCUCCCAAGUAUCAUGAGUGAACUUGACUGGAUAAAGCAGUUCGAUAAUGAAGGUCAUGAUGUAUGAUGGUUCAAAUGUCCUUUCAUGGGACACAACCUAUGGGAUAUCCAUUGUGACUGUCAAGAAUGUCUUGACGAUGAAAUUAAAUGGGAUGAACAUCAUACAAGAAGAGCCAAAUCAAAGAAAAAAUGGAGAAACUCUAAAAGAGAGUUCCGAACAAGGUAUGAAAAAGGAGAUUCAUCUAUCGGUUCACUAAGCCGUCCAGGAAAAUACGAAUUCCUUGUUUCGUACAAACCUCAAAACUGGCCACCUCUCCCUAACCAAAAUUUAUAUCACAAACCUUCAAAUCCAAAUAUCCUAAAGCCAGAAAUACUCAUGAUGAACCCAUCAAGCUCCAGUCACACCCCUGAAUUUCCUUCACAACAACCUUUUGAAAAAGAUCGUGCAAGCCAUGCCCCAAAAAUUUCAAGGCAAAAUGUUGUGCUGCACACUGGAGAAAAGCCACCGACAAGUGAAGUAGAAGCAACAAUUAAUUGGUAAUCCAAAAAUGCCAUUUCCCAGAACAAAGUGUUAACUAAUAUUAGCACUUCCAUUAGAAAUGUUGCUCACACACAAAACAAGAUGAUGAGCAGGGUUGAGACAAUUGAGAAAAAGUUGAACAACCAUCUUCUUAGCAUGCUGGACUGAUCAAAGCCAUGGAAUUGCAAAUGACAAAUAUGAAGUAUGAGAUUUGUCCACCAGGCACUUCCCUUUUUUCCACUUCUUUAACGAGCAACAAAAGGAAAUGGCUGACAUUAAAGAACAAAUACAACAAUUGAGAUAUGGUUACCUUGAACAACAAAAAACACAAUGCUGCCCAUCAAAAUCCACCUUUUUCCCCAUGUCCUCACAGACAUACUCACCACCAAAGCUUGACCAUUAUUUCACUAUGUUCCUAUCCACAAAACGAGACCCUAUGUCUUUUACCCGAAAACAAAAUGAUGAACCUGAGUUUGACAUUGCAAAAAUGAUCUGGGAAAGGAAAGACUCUAUGGCGGCCCAAAAGCAGUCCAAACGGAAGAAAGAACUCGGGGAAGGUUCAAAAGAACCCGAGUUGGAAAACUUGAUGAUCUCGGCCCAAAAUAUUCCUAACCUCUACGUGGCCCAACCCACAAAUGAUAUAGAGGAGGAUGAUAUCCUAGGAUCCAGUGACCAAAAUUCAUAUGAUACUGAUCCUACGGAAGAAAGCGUUGAGACAAGCGACGAUUCCUCAGUUGACUUUUCAGAAGAAUAUAAGCCACUAAUAUUCAUGAAUCAACCCAUAGAACCAGAAAUCUCUGAAGUAGAUGAUGAUCGUGACGGGAUGACAGAUGAGCCAAUUCCAAAAAGAAGGCCAGAACCAACAACCGCAAAGUUCAUUGGGAUUGGAUUCCAUACUUUUAGUCUGGAUGAUAUCAAAGUAUCAAAAUGGCCCCAAAGGAUCCAGGAUUUCUUCACUUGGAUGGUGACAAAGAAUCUUAUCGAACGGGAAAAGUACAUGAUCCUGUCAGAAUUCACUUCAAGGUUCUCCGGAAUUCUCAGAGACUGGUGGAAUGCACAUGGGACACGACAAAAAUAUGUUUCUCACAUCUCAAGGUUUUUUUUUUCAACAUCAAAAUACUCCAAGAAGUAUUUUAUAGGGAUACCGGCCAAAGGCAAGAAAAACUAAGAAGAUAAUUCUUCGAAAUGAAAUGCGUAGCAUUUGACAGAGAUGUCAUUGAUAUCCAUUUUUAGAAGAUAGCUAAAAUGUUCUUUGAGUUAGGAGGAGAAGCUAGUCUCAAGCAAGCCUUUGUUUCAUCACUUCCAAACAUAUUAGCAAGCCGGACCGUGACGAUCAUUGAGGAGAAGUUUCAAUCAAUAACAAUCCCACUGAUGAGCUAUAUCAGGCAAGCAAUAUUUCUAGUGUUGGAUGAUAUCUGCACAAAGAGAUCUUUUUUGAAGCAAAUCAUACGAAACAAUCCAGCCCUUGAUAAAGCUUGCGGGAAGUCUGACCUAAUUAAUGGGUUAAGCUAUUUGUGCCAUGCCACUAGACGAAAAGGAAGAUACAAAUGAUUCAAAUGGCCAAGGCCAGCAGGAGAAAGAUCACAGUUCAGGAGGAGCACAAAAUAUUUCAGGAGAAGGAGCCCAGGCAAGUCCCGAAAAAAUGAUAGAUGCCUCAUCUGCAGCAAGAUUGGGCAUUAUGCAAAAAACAUUUCCCAAUCCAGAAGGUCGAUCAAGCUUCUUACUGAAAUAAAGGACUACAC